GCCUUCGAGGAGCUGGAGGGCCUCCUGGCCGCCAACGGCAUCUGCAUCGCCGUCAAGGAGAAGCUGGUCAAGGACUCCGGCGUGGCGGAGGAGGUCGCCUACGACCUCAUCGUGCAGAGGCUGUUGCAGAAGCAGCGGGCCAGAGGCGUGAUCAUCUUCGGCUCGGACCAGGAAGUCGCGGGCGUGAUGCGGGCGGUCAGGAGGAACAACGCCACGGGCAGUUUCUCUUGGAUCGGCUCGGACGGGUGGUCGGCGAGGUCGCUCGUGUCCUCAGGUAACGAACCCGAGGUGGAGGGAACACUGUCGGUCCAACCCCAAGCCAACCCCGUGAGAGGUUUUGACGAGUAUUUCCUCAGCUUGACGGUCGAGAAGAACAAGCGAAAUCCUUGGUUUGUGGAGUACUGGGAAAACCACUUCAAGUGCAAGUACCCGAACAGCUCCAAGACGCCGUACAACCAGGAGUACACGACCACCUGCACGGGGAAGGAGAAGCUGACGAGCAAGAACACCGAAUUCGACCAACUGCAGUUUGUCUCCGAUGCCGUUAUGGCCUUCGGGUACGCCUUCAGAUUGCACUUCAAGCUGGACGACCCGAAGCCGCCCUCGAGCGUGUGUUCGCUGCCGUGCCUCAAGGGCCAGGCCAUGAAGUACGUGGAGGGAGAGUCCUGCUGCUGGCACUGCUUCAACUGCUCCACGUACCAGAUCGUGAACCCGAACGACGAGACCCAGUGCGUGACGUGCGACUGGGGGACGCUUCCUUCGCCAGAGCAUCUGAGGUGCAACCCCAUUCCUGAGGUAUUCAUCCCAACCCGACUCGUGUGGGCGAUCGCCAUGCUCUUCUCCUCAGUCGGUCUCGUCAUGACGGGCGUGGUGAGGGUGUUCGUGAGCCACAACGACACGCCCGUGGUGAGAGUUCCCGGGGAGCUGUCCUACGUUUCUCUUUCCUUUGUCUUUUUCUGUUUUUCUUUGUCUUUUUCUUUAGUUUUAGUACCAUCAGCUGUUGUGUGCGGCAUUCAGAGGUUCGGCCUUGGCUUCUGCUUCGCCGUGGUGUACAGCGCCCUCCUGACCAAGACGAAUCGCAUCGCCAGGAUCUUCAACGCAGGGAAACGAACAGCCAAGCGACCUUCAUUCAUCACGCCGAAGUCACAGCUGUGCAUUUGCUUCUUCAUUGUUUCCAUACAGGUUGUGAUCACGGGCCUCUGGUGGGUCGUGAGUCCGCCGCGAGCCAUCCACCAUUACAUCGUGCGCGAGGAUAACUUCCUGGUGUGCGCGGCGUCCAUCAAUGCAUCGUAUAUGAUCGCGUUUGCGUAUCCUAUCGGCCUCAUCGUCGUGUGCACCGUGUAUGCCAUUCUCACCCGUAAGAUCCCGGAGGCGUUCAAUGAGAGCAAGCACAUUGGGUUCACAAUGUACACGACCUGUAUCAUCUGGCUUGCCUUCGUCCCCAUAUAUUUCUCGACUGCAAGCAACGUGGAGGUUCGUCUUACUUGGCUUUGGGAGUUUGGUUAUGAGGUGUUGUAUGCUCCGCAUCACCACACCUCGGUCACAUCUCCCUUCGGCGACGGUGGCCUCGUCUGCCUCUUCACCCCAAGCUUUACAUCAUCCUGCUGCCACCGGAGAGGAACGUCGCCAGAGCAUGAUGCCAACCGCCAAGUAUCCGCUAUAAAGACCACCCUGUCGUCCUCGUCGCAGAGGGUCGAUUCGGGCACGCAGAGUGAAGUGAUCUUCCCCGUGGACUACGAGCUGCACGAGAAACUGCGCACCAUGGGCUGUGGCACUGGUCUGAAGUCGAACAGUGCCACCCAGACCUGCCCCUCCGCUUCCUGCACCCUGCCCGACCAUCGCUGCGGUGCCACGGUCACUCUCACGGCCUCCUUGCACCCGAGUGCCACCAAACGGACCCGAUGCAGGAUGUGCCUCGACGUCCAGCUGUAGGAUCCUGGGUGGAAAAUAGGAUUGGAGGAUUGGAGAAGGAUUGGGGAUAUGGGAUUGCAGAAGGAUUUGGA